UCAGGGUAUAAUUUGUUAGUGUAAUUUUUUACUUAUAUACGGCCAACACCACCUUGUUCAAUACGCCUUGGCUAUUGUCUUCGAAUCGACAGUCUUUUCUUAUUUUCGUUCAGAUAUUGGGAAUUUCGAAAUAUUUUUGUUUCUUGAGCUGUGAAUGGUCUAUUCGGCAAAUAAAUACGUUGUCCAAUGGGAAACUCAAACUUUAGAAGUGACUCUUGCAGCGACGGCACUAACGCAGGGUCAGGUGGUGCCAAGGAAAAACACCUUAAAUCAACCCCUACCCUUCCUAUUGUUGAUGGGUCUUCCACAGCAAGCAACCAUGCUUUCUUGAAAGCGGAGAAAUCUAUGAGUAGAUCUGCAUCAGGCGCGGAUGUUACGGAGAAGUAUUUGACACAAUUCGUACCAAUUGAAAAGUUAUCCGAAAUACUUAAGGAGAAAUCAGCCAAGCAUAGUGUCAAUGGCAUAGUUGCGGACGUAUUUGUGUCGCAAGUAUUUCCUCAAUAUGCUGAUUUAGGUAAACGACUUUUUCGACUAAUGCAUUCAGCAUCGAAAGCUACAACUGCCUAUCUUGGUACUGUAGCAUUCCGCCAACAAUGCGAACGAUUUCUUGGCAUAAUGGAUGAUGACAAAACUUUGGAAUGUUAUAUAAAAAUGUUUGCAGAAGAGGACAAUCCAGAUUUUAUUACUAAAGAAGGAGUGACCCGCUUACUUUUCACGUGCUAUACUAUAGCUAUGCAACACUCCGGCAACGCAAUAUUAUGCCCAGCGAUCAAUCGAACCUUCGGUUCGGUGACCAAAUCAAUAUUUUUUAGCCACGACAAUCUAAGUGUAGGCUUUGUUUGUCGUUGGUUUGAACAGAAUCUUAUUCGUUUGGUCGCGUUGGUGCAUAAAUAUUGUGUACAUACAUUGUCAACUGCUUAUAGAGGUCUUGAACAACAUAAUCAAUCAUGCGGCAUUGAACUACAAACACCAGUGUUGGAACAACGUAAUCCAUUUCCUGAUGCAGCCGGCAGAGAUACUGGUAAUUCAAAAUACGAGUCCUUAAUGCCAUUAUCACAAGCGUGGCUAUUGGCAGGCGCCCUUCCACCACUUUACUCCAAACCGCAGACCAUCCAAUCUCCAAACGCUAAUAAGUCAUCUGCAGCGCAAAUUUUCAAAGAUAAACUUUCCAUGAUGCCAUCACAUUGGGCUUUAUUAUAUGACUCGAAUGAACAUGGGUUGGGUGCUAAUCGGUUUCUGCACCAUGUUCUUGGCUACCGCGGACCAACACUUGUUUUAAUACACACCAAGGACGACCAGACUUAUUGCAUUGCCUCGCCAACUGAAUGGAAAGAAACGCAUUUGUAUACGGGAGGGGAAGGUAGUUGCAUUCUUCAACUUUUUCCAAAGUUUGUGAUAUUGGAGAAGAAGUCCAAUAUUUUGUAUUUAAAUACAAGCAUACGUGGAUAUCCUAAGGGACUUCGUGCUGGAUCAGAUCCCAGAAAACCAGUUAUUGCUGUAGACGAACAUUUUGAAAAUGUGGAUUGCAAAGGAUUAGCAGCAGAACUGAUAGCGAUCGAGGUAAUCAAAAUAUUUAUUUUAUUUUAUAUAUUUUUUUUUUACUAUAUUUGUACAAUAAAUAAAUAUUCUACAAAUACAUUACGAUUCGCAGCACUGGCGACGAAGUCCCUCAGCUGUCCUUUGCAUCUUAUUCGAAUGAAAAUAUCUAUCUUUGCAUUUUGCUUUAUUCCAGGAAUGGGCAGAUUUUCGGCCCUUAAAGCAGUCAAAGAGCCAGCAAGAGCUACGUAAGAGUUAAAUAUGUUC